UUCUCUGGAUGAGUUUCCAUGUGCCUCCUUUUCCAUCAUACUCAGGUCAGCAAAGGAGAGCCUGGAAUCCAGCCUGUCUGCUGCUCAGCAGCAGAUAUCUCAGCUGGAGAUCACCAGAAACCAUCUGGAGGCUCAAGUGCUCACGGUCAUGCAGGCCAAGGAGGUGACAGAAGGACAACUGAAGUGCCUGCAACAUGAGCUGGAAGCAGAGAGAGCUCUCAGGAGGCAGGAGCAGGAAGACACAGCUCAACAGCUCUUGCAGGCAGAGCAGCAGUGUCAUGAAAGCCUCAGGCUUCAGGGAGCUGCUCAGCAACUGCAAAUAAAGGAGCUCAUGCAAGACCUGGCAAGUGAGCGUGAAAGGCACCGUGCAGAGAUGCAGGGGAUACUGGAGGAAUGGGAAAGAGAGAAGGCCGAGAGAGAGCAGGAGCACAAGAAGGUGCUGUUGGAGAUGAGGCAGAAAGUUGCCACCUUGCAGGCCCAACAAGAAGAGGAACAAAGUAGAUUUGAGAAUGCCAAGCAAAAGAUCCUGCUGGGAGAGCAGGAGAAGAGGGCUUUGUCAGAGGCACUGCUCCAAACUCAGGGAGAGCUCAGCCAAGCCCGGCAGCAGGUCCAGCAGCUCAGGCAGGAGGUGAAGGAGCAGCAAGAGAAGGGGCAGACCAUCAAGGCAGAGCUGCAAGGUGAGCUACAGGAAGCUUGGAGUGAAAUCCAGGCAGCACAGAGGAGGCACAAGGAAGAACAAGAAGGCAUCAAAGAGGAAAUGAAUCUCCUCCUUGAGCAGAGGGAGGCUCUACAAAAGCAGGUGGGAGAGUUGACAUCUCAGCUGGCAGCCUCCCGAGAGUCGCAGGAGGGAACUGUCCAGAGAGCCCAGCAAGAAGUGAAUGAGGCCCAGGAAGAGUCAAGGCAGAAGCUGUUGGAGGUUGAGCAUGUCCAGAAGAUGCUGGAGGAGGCAGAACAUCAGAACAAGGAGCUGCAAGUGCACCUGCAGAACUUGGAGAGGGAAAGGAGUCAUUGGGAAGAAGCAGCACAGCAAAAUUCAGAGCUGCAGGCUUCUGUGAAUGCCGUAGAGAGUGAAAAAGCCAGGCUGAUUUUGUCUCUGGAGGAAAAGGACCUUCGCCUCAGAACGCUGGAAGAAGAGAACCUGGUACUCAACAGUCGGAUGUCUCAGCUUCGUUCUACUCUUCAGCAGGCCCAACAGAUCUCUUCAACUCGUGCAGGACAACUGCAGGAGCUCAACACCCAGAUCUGGGCCCAGCUGGACGCUGUGAGGCAGAAGGCAGCUCGUGAGGCAGCUGAAGAGAAGCAGGUGCUGGAAACUGAGGUGUCUGAGCUGCGUGUGAGGCUCCAGAGCUCUGAAGAAAGAGCAGAGGCCGUGGCCAUGCAGUUGAUGAAGAGAGCAGAACACGAGAAAACCUCUGGAGAACUUGCCCUGGAGCAAGAGGCUGUGACCCUUCAUCAGAAGAUGGCAUCUCUGCAGAGGAAAUUGGAGAGCCUGGAGAGGAAAAGGAAGGAUGUGCAGGCUGUUGGAGCAGAAGGGAAGCAGGUGUCAGAGCACUCCAGGGAGGGCGUGGAAUGUGUGCAGGAUCUGGUUGCAACAUCAGCAGAAGUCAAGACAGAGAAGCGUGAAUCGACCACUGAGCCCAGGAGAACUGGCGAGCUGGUGUCCCUGCUGCAGUCACAGGCGGCCCAGAACCAGCAGGACCACCUGGAGAGCUGUGCUGGGAGCAGUAUCCUGGCAGUGGAAGCUCUGGUGAGGUUCCAGUCAAACAGCAGCUGGGGCUCCCUCUCUCCAGGGAGAGAGAGAAUAGGUGGGAUGGCGCGGUUUCCCCUGAAGAACCCGCGCAGAUGCCUGAUCCACCUGCUCAUUGUUUCAGUGUUCCUCAUUAGCCUGACUCUUGGAGGCAUGGGCAUCUACCUGUGGACUUUCACAGAUAGCUUCUCUACCUGA